CGUCCGUCCCCCUUCUCUCCUCUCACCCCCUCCGGCCACGGCCACGCGCCCACGCUCGCCGCCCACCGCCGCCGGCGCAUGAGCCCGCCCCCCCGCGCUUGCUUAGCCUAGGCCCCGACUAGCCGGUGAUUAGCCUUGAUUAGCGGCUAGUACCGCUCCACUGUUACGGGAGGCGAGUUUUAAUUGCUUGGCGCGCCACGCCCGCCUGUCUGGAAUAUCUGCUGCCAAAAAGGCGCGGAUUCCUCACCGUCGGGCGGCCGCUGGCGGAGGUGUGGGAAGUGGAUCGACGUGUUGCGGCCGCGGAGUGGAGGCAAUAAAGGGAAAGCUGGGCGGAGUGCUCGGGUACCGUGGCCGGGAUUAGUUAAUGCCCGCGAGCAGCUAGUCGUAGGCGUAAUUAUUUUAAGGCAGCUGUCGCCGCUGGGGACUCGCGAAAGCUUCGCCUCUUUUGAGAAGCUCCCGCACCACGCCUCGCCCUGCCCGCCCGCUCUUCCCUCUCCAGGCGUCCAGGCUUCCUUCUAGUCUCCCACUCUCCCGCUUGCUGCGGCUGCUGCUGCUAGUGAUAGGGGUCCCGGAGCCCCUUCAACUUUUGGGUAGGCGGCGAGCAUAUGGUGAGCAUUGGGCGGGGGAAGGAGGAGGAAGAGGAGGAGGAGCGGAGGCUGUAGAUUUGGGGGCGCAGAGGCAGAGGGAGAGGCAGAGGCAGGGAUGGCGGGCAAGUACUCCGGGGCGAGGACGAACAGGAGGUGGAGGGGGCUGGCAGCGGCCGCGUGGGUGCUAAUCGCGGUGGCCGGCGCCGCGGUGAUGCACUGGACCCAGCGCCGGCAGAGCAUGGACCGCGCCGAGGAGCGCCUCGUCAGCAUGUGCGAGGAGAGGGCCAGGAUGCUGCAGGAGCAGUUUGGAGUCACCGUCAACCACGUCCACGCGAUCGCCAUUCUCAUCGCCACCUUCAACUACGAGAAGUCCCCUCCAGCCAUCGACCCGGACACUUUUGCAACAUACACGGCAAGGACAUCAUUUGAGCGACCCCUGCUGAAUGGGGUGGCAUACGCACAGCGUGUCUUCCAUCAUGAGAGGGAAAUGUUUGAAAGCCAGCAGGGAUGGAUUAUGAAUACGAUGCAGCGGGAGCCUGCACCUCCCCGGGAUGAAUACGCCCCAGUGAUUUUCUCUCAGGAUACAGUUUCCUACCUUGCACGCAUUGACAUGAUGUCUGGGGAGGAGGACCAAGAAAACAUUUUGCGGGCCAGGACUACUGGCAAAGCUGUGUUAACAAACCCAUUCCGUUUGCUUGGAUCAAACCACUUGGGAGUAGUUCUCACUUUUGCUGUGUACCGCCCUGAUCUCCCUGCUGAUGCAUCAGUUGAGCAACGUGUGGAAGCAACUAUUGGAUAUCUUGGUGGAGGAUUCGAUGUGGAGUCACUUGUGGAAAAUUUGCUAAGCAAACUUGCUGGCAAUCAGGAUAUUGUGGUUAAUGUCUAUGAUGUCACAAAUGCUUCAGAGCCUAUGGCUUUGUAUGGACCUUCAAUUUUGGAUGAACAAGUGCCUUUGCAUGUUAGCAUGUUGGAUUUUGGAGAUCCAUUUAGGAGGCAUGAAAUGAGGUGCAGGUAUAGACAAAAGCCUCCUAUACCGUGGUCUACCAUAACCAAUCCUUUAGGCUUAUUUGUCAUAUGGAUGCUUCUGGGGUAUAGCAUUGCCGCUGCAUAUUCUAGAUAUGACAAAGUUACAGAAGAUUGUAGAAAGAUGGAAGAGCUAAAAACUCAGGCAGAAGCUGCUGAUGUUGCAAAGUCUCAGUUCCUGGCAACUGUCUCACAUGAGAUCAGAACACCUAUGAAUGGCGUCCUUGGUACUUAUGCAUUUGUUUUGAUCCUACUUAAUCUUCAGUUUCUUGGACUUGGCAAUCAAAUAUUUCUUACUUCUGGUGUAGGAAUGCUGGAUAUGCUUUUAGGAACAGAUUUAACUAUGACACAGAAGGAUUAUGCUCAAACUGCUCAAAUGUGUGGCAGAGCAUUGAUAACACUGAUAAAUGAUGUGCUUGAUCGAGCAAAGAUUGAAGCUGGAAAGUUAGAGCUUGAAGCGGUGCCUUUUGACCUGCGUUCUCUCAUGGAUGAUGUUAUUUCCUUGUUUUCUUCAAAGUCACGAGAGAAGUGCAUUGAGCUUGCAGUAUUUGUAUGUGACGAUGUUCCGAAGGUUGUUCUUGGAGAUCCUUGGAGGUUUCGACAGAUACUGACAAAUUUGGUCGGGAAUGCAGUCAAAUUCACGGAAAGAGGUCAUGUAUUUGUGCGGGUCUGUUUGGCUGAGAACUCAAAUAUGGAAGCUAAUCAGGUCCUACAUGGAACCAUGAAUGGGAAAGAUGGUAAAGUUGAGUCAACAACUAAUGGCGCCUUCAAUACUUUGAGUGGGUUUGAAGCGGCAGACAGACGGAAUAGUUGGCAAUAUUUUAAGCUGCUCCUCUCUAAUAAGGAGUCACUUUUGGAUGAUCUUGAGGGCGAAAAUUCUAAUCUAAGUGAUUCAGACCAUGUCACACUAGCGAUAAGUAUUGAGGACACAGGUGUUGGGAUACCAUUGCAAGCACAGGAUCGUGUGUUUACACCUUUUAUGCAGGCUGAUAGUUCAACUUCAAGGAAUUAUGGUGGUACUGGCAUUGGUCUAAGUAUCAGCAAGUGUCUAGCUGAACUUAUGGGUGGGCAGAUAAGUUUCACCAGCCGUCCUUUUGUUGGAAGCACAUUCACAUUCUCAGCCACGCUGAAGCGCUCAUACAAAGAUAUUUCAGUUGAUUCAAGUAGGAGCUUGUCAGAGGCACUACCAACUGCUUUUAAGGGAAUGAAGGCCAUCUUGAUAGAUGGGAGACCUGUACGUAGUGCUGUUACAAAAUAUCACCUCAAGAGGUUGGGAAUAAUUGUUCAAGUUGUGAACAAUAUGAGUACAGUAGUAAAAGCUUUCCCUGGACAAAAUGGAGCGACCGUUUCUAGGGAAAAGGCAACCAUGCUUUUUAUUGAGAGUGACUUCUGGAGGCCUGAAACAGAUGUUCAAUUAUUGAACCAUCUACGCGAGCACAAGAAUGGUCUGUUGUCUGAUGCGCCUAAGGUAGUUCUUUUGGUCACCUCUGAAGCUGACAAGGACAAUUAUGGAUCUAUAUUUGAUAUUGUGAUGUGUAAGCCUAUAAGGGCAAGCACAAUUGCUUCAUCUAUUCAACAACUGCUCAAAGUAGAGAUGCCCAAAAGAAAAGAAAAUCAAAAUCGGCCAUCGUUUCUUCGUAGCUUGCUGGUUGGGAAGAACAUAUUGGUCGUAGAUGAUAAUAAAGUCAAUCUCAGAGUUGCUGCAGCUGCACUAAAGAAGUACGGUGCUAAUGUUAGCUGUGUUGAAAGUGGCAAGGAUGCUAUCAGUCUACUUCAACCCCCACAUUCCUUUCAUGCAUGUUUUAUGGAUGUUCAGAUGCCAGAGAUGGAUGGGUUUGAGGCAACCAGACAAAUAAGGCAAAUGGAGAUGAAAGCUAAUGAGGAAAGGAAGAACAAGUUGUCUUUGACUGAAGCCUCGACAUUUGUUGAGUACCGUUUGCCUGUUCUGGCAAUGACAGCCGAUGUUAUCCAGGCAACUUAUGAAGAGUGUAUAAAAUCGGGUAUGGAUGGAUAUGUAUCUAAACCCUUCGACGAGGAGCAGCUAUGCCAAGUAGUCUCCAGAUUAGUAGUGGAAACGACGGAUUCAGCUGUUUAAUGUUCAAAAUGCAAUGGAUCUGACUUCUCAUUCAUCGAAGUGAAGCAUCACCAUCUUUGCUUCUGUCCAGCUGACUCUAACCCUUAACAAUGGUCUGACAUGGCCUCUCACAACACUAGAUUAAAAAGAUGAAAGUGCCGUGAGCUAGCUAUGCAUCACAGAUGAAGUUUCUGCGGCAGCCCAGAGGAGUGUAGGUAGAUCACCCUGUAACUCUCUUCUUUGAUGUUUAUAGGCUGUUGUAUCUUCUGACAAUUCAUUGAAAAUACCACAUCUCGUUGCAAUCCCUAGUUUUAGAACUGCUCUGCCCUGUUGUCUCCUUCGCAUGAUCCAUAAAACUGUUUGGAGCGUAUUCCUUCAGCGCGGAAAAUGUAAUUCUUCGAUUGUGGUAUUUGCUAAUGGAUACUAACUACUCAAUCUUGUCUUUGCUAAAGGAUACUCUUUCAA